AUGAGCGAUAUACUGUUAUCCAAGAAUGAAUUUAAUAACAAAAAUGGUCUAAAUAAUAAUAAUAAUAAUAAUAACACCGAUAAUAAGCUAAAUGAAGAAACAGAAUCAUCAUCACUAAAGAAAGAGAAUGGAAAUGAGACACCAAUAAUAAAUUAUACCACGGAUAAGGAUGGCGAUAUUAACUUAGAUGUGGUUGAAGAACAUCACACACCAAAACUGGAAGAUUUACCCAAAAAAGGGGAAAAUAAACCCACCGACGAAAAUUCUAAUAGCGUUACUGAUAAUACUUCCAAACAUGGAAAUAACCAGGAGCAACAGCAGCAAGAAAUUACAGGUUCUAUAAAGACAAAAGGUAAUAAAAUUAAUGAGGGGCCGCGUACAGACAGAUUGACUCAAUUACAGAUAUGUUUUGAUCAAAUGGUUGAACAAUUCGUAGCGACUUUAAACUAUGUAGAUAAAAAUCAUGAUUUUGUACCUUUAAACGAUUCAGAAAUCAAAAUGACGGAUCCUUUCAGACCACAACAAGACACCAAUACCAUAUCAUCAACAAAUAAUAAUAAUAAUAAUAAUGUUAAUAGAAAUAACCUGCAACAGUUACCACCUUUACCUUCUAAACAAGAAUUUGAAAAUUCUAUUGAUGAGUUGAGUACUGAUUUGAUCUUGAAAACCAGACAAAUUUUACAAAUUAUAGAUGCAUUGCCCGGGAUUGAUGUUAGUAGUGAAGAGCAAUUAACUAAAAUCGAAAAAUUGAGUGAGGAAUUAGUAAACCUAGAAACUGAAAAGCUAAAAUGGAUUAGCACAAAAGAUGAACUUUUGGGCUUUAUCAACCAACUAAUUAAUGGGUUCACUAAUGACAUGAAUUCUUCAUCAUAA